CCCACGUCUCUCCCCCAAAGCCACAUCUGAGGACGUGCCUCACUCUCAUCAGCUGCACAGGUUGUAAAGAAAAGGGGUGAGGGGGGGGAAUAGGGAGAGAGGGAGAACAAGAGAGGUAGAGGAGAACACUAGCGACCGCUAGAGAGGGAAAGAGAGAUCAGUUUAGAGUUUUGGUGAGAGAAGGAGGGCGUCCGGGUGUGAAUGAGUGAGGCAGCCGAGAGGAGACAAGUCUUCGGGAGUGGGGCUACACAGCGGUGGGAGGUUCUUCCAGGGAGGUUGUAGUGAUCUUCAGCACAACUCUCCCCUCCUUUCACUGGGAGUCAGACACCCACCUCCCCCCCCAACCCCCCCUCCAGGAUCCAGAACCAUGGAGCCCUCUGUGUCAACCGAGGGCGACGAGGAGCCCAAGGAGAGGAAGAAGAUCCAUUUUGCUGUGCCGACCACUGUGGCCACCAAUCUGGACCCUCGGCAAGUGGAGAUGAUCCGACGCAGGAGGCCAACGCCUGCCACACUAUUUAGAGUAGCCGACCAAUCCUCUCCCGACGAUGAUCAGUCCACCCAUCAGGUAAAGUGGGUCGUGGGAGAGAACGGAGUGCUCAAACCAAAACGUGUCAAUCCAAACGUGUACCAGCCUCCGUCACUCAGAGCUGUGCAGAAGAUGGCCGAAGCACAUAUGCAGCACCUAGGUGUCUACCCCCCUGUGGAAGACCCCUGUGAAGGGGAGGAGGAUGGGGACCACUGGCAGGGAGAGGAGGGAGAGGACACAUCUCCCAUCGAUGCUGCUGAUCACCAAGAGACGGCGACCACCGAGCACUCAGUCAGGUUUUCCAGCGUGAGAGAGACGGCAAAGCAGAUCCAAGCAGCACCGGAGGAGGAGGAAGAGGAGGAGGAGGAGGAGGAGGAGGAGGAAGAGGAAGAGGAAGAAGAGGAUGAAGAAGAAGGAGAUCGAAUCCAAGAAAGGGCCGAGGAGAAUAGCCGAGGGAGUAACUGAAAGAGAGAGAGAGAGACAGAGAGAGGGCGGGUCGGGAGAACUGGGGAGAGUGAAGGUGUUUUGUGGAAUGGUUAAAAUCCAAAGAUCUCAGAAGAGGUGAGGAAACGAGUCUGUGCUGCUUAGGGGACGCGCUUAGACGAGUGAGGAUUAGAGAGAUACUUCAGUGAAAUCCAACAUGAGAGCGAGCAGAGAUCUCUGCACUACUUCACCUCUGAAGAUUGAAGGUAGCGGGGGAUGAAAGAGAGAAAGAGAGAGAACAGAGAGGCAGCUUGUGCGUCAGCAGUCAGCCCGUAUGAGCAAGUGAGGAGUGAGCUACAGACCCUACAGGUCCUGAAGACCUCUGUUUGUUCUGAGAGGGGCCAACGAGGUCGACAUGACCAGAUACCCUGCAGGCCAGUCCUCUCUACCUUCGUGCGUCUGCACAGAGCUACGUUUUCCUUUAAAGGGGGUAAUAGUUCCACAGUAAUCAUACUCAUCAACUCUUUUUAACGCAUACAACCUUUUUCUAAAAUGUUUGAAAGUCUUUGUGUGAUAAAUUCUACACUUUAUUUUAAAAAGAA